CAGACUAGAGCCAUAUGACAUUGGAUAGACAUUCGCCUACUGUAAAUAGACCAAUCCUUCUACCUCACAGAUCUGUGAGAUCAACGUGCUGCGCUGACGUCUGGAUCAGGAAACGCAGCAUUAACCCAAACAAGUUGGUGUACACACGAAGUAAUAGCCUGAGACUCCAGAAACAUGGCAUCUGGUUCAUCCAUGAUGAACGGGGACAUUAAUCACCCCGGCCGGGCCGGCCCGGGGAAUCUGGGAAGUUUAGAGGAAACCCUUCAGCAAAUGAACACCCUGAUCAAAGAGAACAGAGAACUGAAGGAAGCCCUGAAACAAACCAACCUGUCCAUGAAGGAGAGAUUUGAGGGUCUGUCGGCAUGGAAGGAAAAGCAAAAGGAGGAAAGAGACUUCCUGGAGCAACGUCUAGAAGAGGCCAAAACCAGACUGAACGCUAUGGAUGUGGAGAACGAGGCGUUGAAGAAACGAGUGGAAGAGCUGGAAAAAAGUGGAGCUGAGUGUUUACACACCGAACUGGAGGCGCUGAGGGGUCAGAUUGCUCGUCUUCAGGCUGAGAAGAAUGAUCUGGUAGCAUUAAACUCUGAACUCCAGCUCAAAAUGGGCCAAGGUUCACCUAGAGACUCCUUCAUUGAGAUUAGAAUAGCUGAAGAUGAGUUAAAAGUGACCAGAGAUUUGCCCAGUACACCAAAGGAACUGUCUGCUUUCGUCAUGCCAAAAGCUGAGUCGGAGGAACAGACGGUGAGGCAGCUGCUUCGCUCCCUCAGAGUAGAGACUGAUGAGAAGGAGAGGCUGCAGGUAACGCUCCAGGAGGCACGUGAGAGAAUUGCUGAGUUGGAGAACAGACUGGAACGCGCUGAUAGCAGCGCACAGACGUCUCUCCCCUGUCCAACUGAAAUCAAUGCAAGCGCUGAGGUGAAAAAUUUGGAGGAUCAGUUGCUGAAGCUCUGCAAUGAAUUGAAACAGGCUCAGAUCAAACUGGACGAGGCUGAGAACAUGAAAAAAAACCUGCAGGACAGGUGUAGGGAUCUGGAGCAGGAUCUAGGUACUCUGAAAACUCAGCUCGGAGAGAAACAGAAGGUCCAGGCCGAGAACGACACUCUGAGGGUUCAGUUGGAAAGCCUUCAGGCUGCUAUUAAACUGGAACAGAAGAAAACUCAGGAUGAGAAGAACAACCUGAACCAGCUGAAAGAUGCCUACACCAAGCUGUUUGAAGACUACAAUGAGCUCCAAGAGGAAAAAAAGAAGAGAGAGGGUAGUGUAUCAAGGGAAGAGUACGAUGACCUCCAAACCAGGUUUGAUGCGGCUGAAAAGGCGCUGGCAGACAAACAGAAGAAGAUCGACGAGAUGAAGAUGGAAAUCUUCAAUAAGGAAAAGGAACUAGAAACCAUCUCUGUUUUCCAGGCUCAGGCAGAGAUAUAUUCCUCGGAUUUCUACGCAGAACGGGCUGCUAGGGAGAAGAUUCAUGAGGAGAAAGAGCGUUUGGCCACUCAGCUGGAGUAUGUGAAGAAGCAAAACACACAACUUCAGGAGGAGAUGGAGUCGCUUGGCAGGCAUUCCAUGAGUGAGAUGCAAAGGAGACAUGUGUCCCGCGGGGCCAAUCCACAAGGGCCAGCGUCUCCACAUCACCUGCAAGGAGGUGACUGGCAGCCGCAGAAUAUUCCAGAACAUGCUUGUCCCAAAUGUGGGGAAGUCCUACCCGAUCUGGAUUCCCUGCAGAUCCACAUCAUGGAUUGCAUCAUCUGAGCCUGUGGCCUAUUAACCAUAACAGAUUCCCCCAUAUGUGAACUAGUGGUUUGAUAGCUUUACCUUCAAGCAGCCUGAAACAUAACGCUUCAAUAACACAGUUGUAUAAACCUAGCAUCCUUACAAUACUGUACAUUAUCAAUGUGGAUGGUUUCAAACAAACAGAUGCUAUUGUUCAAGGGUGAGCAUUAGAAUUUAAUGUGUAGCUUUGGUUCUGACUGUUUGGAUUUCUAAAUUCACCCUUUAUAGUAACAUUAAUUUAAGCUGCUUUAAGACUAUUUAUCACGGUCAGCUAUUAAGAAAAAAAAUAUUAUGUUGCAGGUGGGCAAUCAGUGUGACAUACGAUUACGAUUAAUCUGUUGGGGGUGAAUUUUGUUAUGGGUAGCAAAAAUAUUUUUUUGUUUCUGAGAGAUUAUAUAUUUUGAAGACUUGUAAUCUCAGUUAUAUUUUCAUUAUAUUCUCAAUGCCCAUUAUACAGACAGAAACCAACAGAUAAAGAGUAAAUUAGCUUAUUUUAGUUUGUUGGAUCUGUUAACUGUUAAAGCACUUUAUGAUGUUUGAUAAGCAAGGUUAGUUGAAGUUGGGACAAGCUACUCUAAAUAUAUAACCGUGUCUCUAUGUUAAUACCUGCCUAAAUCUAAUAAAUACGUUUAUUGAGUUCAUAAAGAUAUUGUUUUCAA